GGGUCCCUGUGGAGAAAAGUGUCAUGUCCCAGUGCCACAGGCUGGCGUCACUUACCUGGAGGGGCUGAGACCCUGAGAUGUCCAAAGGGGGUUUUGUCCCUCAGACCCGUACAGCCUGCAUCUCAGCCAACCUGUGUGCCCUCCCGAGAACAGGCCAGUAUGCCCAAGAUAACUCUGAAUGGUGUCACGGUGGACUUCCCUUUCCAGCCUUACCAAUGCCAAGAGGAGUACAUGACCAAGGUUCUGGAGUGUCUGCAGAAGAAAGUGAAUGGCAUUCUGGAGAGCCCCACAGGUACAGGGAAGACCCUGUGCCUGCUGUGCGCCACGCUGGCCUGGCGGGAGCACCUCCGCGACGCCAUCUCUGCCCACAAGAUCGCUGAGAGGGUGCCAGGGGAGCUCUUCCUCCAUCGCCCCUUAUCGUCCUGGGGGAAUGCUGCUUCAGAUGGAGAUGCCACAGCCUCCUACACGGACAUCCCAAAGGUCAUUUAUGCCUCCAGGACCCACUCGCAGCUCACGCAGGCCAUCGGCGAGCUUCGGAACACCUCCUACCGGCCCAAGGUGUGCGUGCUGGGCUCCCGGGAGCAGCUGUGCAUCCACCCCGAGGUGAAGAAGCAGGAGAGUAACCACGUGCAGAUCCACCUGUGCCGCAAGAAGGUGGCAAGCCACUCCUGUCAUUUCUACAACAAUGUCGAAGAGAAGAGCCUGGAGCAGGAGCUGGCCACCCCGAUCCUGGACAUCGAGGAUCUGGUCAAGAGUGGGAACAAGCACAAGCUGUGCCCGUACUACCUUUCCCGGAACCUGAAGCAGCAGGCUGACAUCAUCUUCAUGCCAUACAACUACCUGCUGGACGCCAAGAGUCGCCGGGCACACAGCAUCGACCUGAAGGGGACGGUCGUGAUCUUUGACGAAGCUCACAACCUGGAAAAGAUGUGCGAGGAGUCGGCAUCCUUUGACUUGACCCCCCACGAUGUGGCUUCCGGACUGGACGCCGUGGAUCAGGUCCUGGAGGAGCAGACCAAGGCAGCCCAGCAGAGCGAACCCUCCCUGGCAUUUGGCGCCGACUCCAGCUCAGGGCUGAACAUGGAACUAGAAGACAUCGCGAAGCUGAAGAUGAUCCUGCUUCGCCUGGAGGAGGCCAUUGAUGCUGUCGAGCUGCCCAGAGACGACAAAGGUGUCACCAAGCCGGGGAGCUUCAUCUUCAAGCUGUUUGCCGAGGCCCAGAUCACGUUUCAGACCAAGAGCUGCAUCCUGGACUCCCUGGAGCAGGUCAUCCAGCACCUAGCAGGACGUGCAGGGCUGCUCACCAGCACGGUGGGGCUGCAGAAGCUCUCGGACAUCAUCCAGAUCGUGUUCAGUGUGGACCCUGCCGAGGGUGACCCUGGUUCCAUGGUGGGACCUGGGGUCUCUCAGUCCUACAAGGUGCACAUUCAUCCCGACAGCAGUCACCCGAGGACAGCUCGGCGGUCAGAUGCCUGGAGCAGCAAAGCAGCCGGAAGGCAAGGGAAGGUGCUCAGCUACUGGUGCUUCAGCCCUGGGCACAGCAUGCGCGAACUGGCCCGCCAGGGCGUCCGCUCCCUCAUCCUCACCAGCGGGACGCUGGCCCCCGUGUCCUCCCUUGCCCUGGAGAUGCAGAUCCCUUUCCCAGUGUGCCUGGAAAACCCACACGUCAUCGACAAGCACCAGAUCUGGGUGGGGAUCGUCCCCAAAGGCCCUGACCAAGUCCACCUGAGCUCUGCCUAUGACAAACGGUUCUCUGAUGACUGCUUGUCCUCCUUGGGGAAGGCGCUAGGCAACAUCGCCCGCGUCGUCCCCCACGGGCUUCUGGUCUUCUUCCCCUCGUACCCCGUCAUGGAGAAAAGCCUGGAAUUCUGGCGGGCCCGCGACUUUGCCAGGAAGCUGGAGGCCCUGAAACCUCUGUUUGUGGAACCCAGGAGCAAGGCCGGCUUCUCAGAGGUGAUGGGUGCUUACUACGCGAGCGUCGCCUCCCCUGCAUCCCGUGGGGCGGCCUUCCUGGCUGUGUGUCGGGGGAAGGCCAGUGAGGGGCUGGACUUCGCAGACACGAACGGCCGAGGGGUAGUCGUCACGGGCCUCCCGUACCCCCCACGCAAGGACCCCCGGGUGGUCCUCAAGAUGCAGUUCUUGGAUGAGAUGAAGGGGCAGAGCAGCGCUGGGGGCCAGUUCCUCUCUGGGCAAGACUGGUACCGGCAGCAGGCGUCCAGGGCUGUGAACCAGGCCAUCGGGCGGGUCAUCCGGCAUCGCCAUGACUACGGGGCCAUCUUUCUCUGUGACCACAGGUUCGCCUUUGCGAAUGCCAGAGCCCACCUGCCUUCCUGGGUGCGCCCCCACGUCAAGGUGUACGACCACUUCGGCCACAUCAUCCGAGACGUGGCCCAGUUCUUCCGUGUCGCCCAGAAAACAAUGCCAGUGCCGGCCCCGCUGGCGGCUGCCCCGAGCCUGGGCCAGGGAGAAGCUGCUGCCGUGCCGCCCGGCCCCUUCUCCAUCAGGAAAGCCAAGAGUCUGGAUGUGCACGUCCCCAGCCUGAGGCGGACACCCACAGGGCCGCCAGCCACCCAGGACACCGAGGACGUCGAGGGCAGCCUGUGUGGGGGGUAUGAGCAGGAACCCGCCCGUGCCCAGCGGAGGCCCGUGGGGCUGCUGGCCGCCCUGGAGCACAGCGAGCAGCUGGCCGGGGGGCCUGAGGAUGAGGCCCCGCCCAGGAAGGAAGAGGCACAGCGCGGCUCCACCUCAUCCCUCCCGGGUGAGAAGAGGUCUGGGGACGAGCAGAGAGGAGGGCGGAGGAAGAUCAGACUGGUCAGCAGCCAGGAGGAGCCAGCGGCCGGAACCCAGGCCGGCAGGGCCAAGCUGUUCAUGGUGGCCGUGAAGCAGGCCCUGAGCCAGGCCAGCUUCACCGUCUUCACCCAGACGCUGCAGGACUACAAGGGCUCCGACGACUUCCAGGCCCUGGCGGACCGCCUCGGCCCCCUUUUUGCCGAGGACCCCAAGAAGCACAAGCUGCUCCAAGGCUUCCACCAGUUCGUGAGGCCUCACCACAAGGAGCGGUUUGAGCAGCUCUGCCUGCAGCUGACGGGCCAGGGCUGCGGUCACCUGCCCAAGCACAGCCUUCCCUGUGGGCAGUGGGCACAACCGGCCUUAGACCCCGGUGGAAGGAGGCCGCCUGACUCCAAGCUGACCCUGUCCCAGGGCGCGGCAAGGCAGCUGGACCCUGGAGAACAUCUGAACCGUGGAGGGCCCCACCUGGCCUCCAGGCCACCACCCCAAGGAGACCCUGGCAGCUGUUCACGGAAGGGGUCUGGAGCUGCUAGAGCAGAGGAGCGGGGCCAGCCUGCCCUGAGUGCCUACCUAGCGGAUGCCCGCCGGGCCCUGGGCUCUGCAGGCUGCAGCCAGCUCCUGGCAGCGCUGACCACCUACAAACAGGACGAUGACUUCGAGAAGGUGGUGGCUGUAGUGGCAGCGCUUACUACGUCGAGACCAGAGGACUUGCCCCUUCUGCAGAGGUUCAGCAUGUUCGUGCGCCCACACCACAAGCAGCGCUUCCGGCAGACGUGUGUAGACCUGACCGGCCAGCCUGCCCCAGGCGCGAGUGACGAGCCGCUGGGACCCCAGGAGGGGAGCCCCAUCGUGCCUCCCGACCUCAUCCCCGGAGCUCCCAGGCCAGGUAGAGACCCGCCCUGCCAUCCCUGGAGCCCCACUCAGCCCUCAGGGGUACCAGCAGAGGUGUGCCAGGUGCCCCUCGGCACACUGUUGUCUCCAGUCCCCUCGGAGCGAGAGAGGCCAGGGAUGACUCAGAGCACAAUCUCCUCCGUCCUGACACAGCGGCCCCCCAGUGUCCCCCUGGGACACACACAGUCGCAGUGUGGGCAGAGGAAGCGGUUCCCUUCCAGUGUCCCUCCUGUGACUUUCACUGCUGCCGGGCCUGCUGGCAACAGCACCUCCAGGCCUCUAGGAGGACGUGCCCUGCCUGCUCUGCCGCUGCCAGGAAGCAGAGCAUCACUCAGGUCUUCUGGCCAGAGCCUCAGUGAACGUGGGGACCCUCAGAGCACUGCAGGGUCUGUGAAGGCCGAGGCCGCCCCCUCCCAGACCCAGACUGGACACCUGCCUGUCAGCUGGGGCAGGCCAGCCCCAGCCCCAGCCCCAGCCGCCCCUUGGCCGAGAGCCCACCCAUCAGGGAGCCGGGGUCUGGGCGCGCCUGCGAGGGGCUGAAGGAGCUGCUUCCCACCUGCCCAGUCUGCUGGCCUGUGGGUCAGCUUCAGGGACUUCAAAGCUGAGCCCAUGACCUGGAAGGACAGACAUUCUUGGGCCCUGGACCUGUCUGUCAGGUGACAGCGUUCUAAUAAAGCUGCUGGCAUUACUGGG